ACAGCAUGCGCCCUUCGUGGUACCCCCAUUUUAGGCUUCCCCAUUCUUCCACGUCGAAUUCGCUCUUUCCCAGCGUUGUGUAGCACCCUGAGCCAUCGAAGGGAACCACACAAGUACCGCAUCAUCAGGACCGUGGCAGUGUUUCUCAACACCCUGUUUCUAUUUACGGCUUAUGGCUCUCCAAAUGCCGGUGGGUAGGUACAUCGACUACCUAGUAAGUGGUAGCACAACUGGGAUGGGAACCACGAUGGGAACCCUGCUGGAGCUGGAGCUAGCUCCGCCUGAGAGCUGCAGCGGUGCACGGCAGCCGCCGACGGCCCCAGUGGUGGUUCCCCAUCGUCGCUGCUGCCGUGCGGCGGGAACGAGGAGGCUGUGUCGGUUGACGCCCCGUCCCGUCGUAGCGGACUUCACACCUUGAAAUGAUACAAAAAGAUUCGGGGUUUCUUCUAUCUUAGGUUUGAGACUGAUGAAUCUGUGACUUGAGCUCUCUUCAUCAAAGUCAAAACGGAAGUCACUGAAGAGUUAGCAGAACCCCCCGCCCCCCAAAAACAAUCACCAACGUACGUACCUGUCCCUUGGUUUUCACAUAUGUAACGCGUUUAUCGCUGAGAACAGAAGCCCCGCUUGCCCCACCAUUCCCCCCCAAGUGGAAGCUGGGCGCAGCUGUCACCCAGACCCCUGUCCGUCAACUUCACCUCCGCCAAAAGUCCCCAUAAGUCCUCCAAACCUCACUUCACCUCAAACUCACCGCAGCUCUUCACCUCUCGAAGCCAAUUUCUGACCUCAUACUUGUUUCCAGACCCCAAACAGCAGGAGGAGAACUCUAAUUCAUUGUGCAAAAAAUGGCAACCAAAGACCGCAUAACGUGCCACAUCCUCGACACCUCCCUCGGCCAACCGGCCCGUUCGGUGCGCGUCAAGCUCGAGCUUCUGUCUGCUUCUUCCACCUCCUCCCAAACCCCCAGCAAAACCUUUGAAUCCAUAACCGACGAAGACGGCCGCAUCAAGACCUGGCUGCCCUAUUCCUCCGCGCUUUCCUCGGGCGAAGUCCCCGUCUACACCUUGGAAGACGUUUUUGUCAACGACAUCAAGGGCCCGUCGAGAUGGAUGUUGCGCUUUGAUACGGCAGGGUAUUUCGGUGGGGAGGAUAAGACCUUCUUCCCCGAGGUGACGGUGGUGUUUAGGGUGGAGGAGGGACAGACGUAUCAUGUCCCGCUCCUGUUGGCGCCGUAUAGUUAUUCUACUUAUCGGGGGAGUUAGAGGGGGGAGGUUCAGAUGGAAGACGUUGAGAGGAACGAAAAGGAAAGAAAGGAAAGACGGGAUUGGGGGGUUUGGAGACACGGGGGGCGGGGGGUGUGGGUAAUGGGUUAGAUGAGAAACCACAUGGGAGGAGGAGCGAUGACGUCGUUGUAGUAGUGGGAGGAUGGAAGCGGCUGAAUCAGUUGCAGACAUGGGGAAAAUGAGCAUGAGAGAUCAACGUUUCAACGGUUUCGAUUUAUUUGGCAUUUUGUUGUAUACAGUCCGAAACCGGUUUGAUAGUCGGCUCGACACCUUGGGUUAACUUCCCUAGAUAUUUGCAUGCUGUGAACAUGCCUUCUCCAAAUGAUAUAUACCAUUUGAAAUCUUGCUCGCUCCUUUCCAAUCCGUAUCUAGCCAUUCAUUGAGUCCUUGAGAGGUUUGGGGCAACUUGGAAGACAUCUCGUCCAGUAUACCAGGAGUCCCUAGUUAC